CUCGGCGAGUGAGCGACAGUCUCGAAGUCUCUUGCCGUGUUUCGCAGUCCUUGUCUUGGUUGCAAUUACCGACUUCAAUAGCAAUCGACAGAUACGGAUCCAGCCUCACCGUCUGGCCAUGGCUGAACUCGCCUUGGGAAUCCUGGGCAUUCCAGGGGCAAUAGAUGUGUGUAUCAAGGCGGUGAGGAACUUGCUCCAAGCUUGUGAGACCUACCGGCAUGCCGACUCGACGCUGUAUGAGAUGUUCGUUCGCAUCCAGGUAUGCAUACUGCGAAUUGAGAGUCAGCUAGAGGUAUCCAGGGAGCUAGAAAACACCAUGACCGCCGAGCAUAGGGACCUUCAGAGGCGCGUGCUAAACAUUCUGCUCGCCAAGGCGGAAAUUACCACUCAAAAAUUUGCAAGAAUUGCUUUGCCUGAGCAUUCACGUAUGGCAAACAAGCUGAAGUUGGCUUUCUUGAGGGAUGCCUUCGAGGAGACUAUAGUGGAGCUGGAAAGCUGGCAGAAACUCUACGAGCCUUCCUGGUUCUGUUGGAUCAAGCUCGCUUCUUCCGCGUCACGGGAUUUUCGCAGGGCGUUUAGAGAACCUGGCCCGGAUUCCCAAAGCGUCUUUAUCGGAAAGGAAGGAUUGAAUGGGUACACCGAGAUGCCCGUCCCAGUCUAUUCUGCCAGCGUGGCUGUCCCUCCGGAUGGCCAGAAGCGCCUCCUCAUCGACGUGGUCUCGAGCGGGCCAGGCCGGGAAAAGGACGUUCGUGACUUUGCCCGUCGCCUCCGGCAGUCCGAUCCCUUUAUUUCGGGCCUCCUGAGUUGCAAGGGUGUUGUACGGCAUGCCAACAAGGCUGGGUUCUCUUUUCUCUUCCGCGUGCCUGAGGGUUACACUGUCGUACAGAGCCUCCGGCAACUGCUUCUGUCAGGUCAGGCCCAUAGCUCGCUCUCUGAUCGCCUGCAAGUGGCAAAGCAGCUUGCGAAUGCUGUCUGUUAUGUACACCUGUACGGGUUUGUACACAAGAAUAUCAGGCCCGAGACAAUCUUGAUUCUCGGCAAGCCGGACGAAGGAGACGUCCCGAACAAGCUGUGUUUAGACGGCUUCCAAGUCAUCCGAAACGCUGACGGGAGGACGUACCCAAUCGCGGACCCGAGAUGGGAGACGGGCCUGUACAAGCACCCGCUGCGGCAGGGAGACAAUGCCGAAUAUUUUGUCAUGCAGCACGACAUUUACAGUCUCGGGGUAUGCCUUUUGGAGAUCGGAAUGUGGGAGAGUUUCGUCACCUACGACGGUCCCGGAGACAAGGCGCAACCGUCCAAAGCUCUGUGUUUGACUGAAGACGGGGCCGAGCGUCGCAAUGCUUUUGCCAUGAAAGAUCACCUCGUUUCCCUCUGCCAGAGCAGCGCGUUAAGAGCCAAGAUGGGCACGAAAUACAGCAGGGUGGUCGAGAUGUGUCUGACGUGUCUGGACGAGGGAAACAUGUACUUUGGAAACGAGCAGGAGUUCCAAGACGAAGACGGAGUGUUGGUGGGUGUGAGGUAUAUCGAGAAAGUCCUUGGCGCCAUCAAUGAUAUCUCUCUUUGA